UUUUGGAGAUGCUGGAAUUCCUAUUGACGCUCUUUCUUGGCGCCAUUUCUCUGUUUCUCUUCAGCGUGCUGUUCGGUCGAAAAUGAAAGACAGAAGUAGGUCAGACGUCCAGUGCUCAUAUUUGAACUGAUGAACUAGCUCCUCCCCAACAAACUUCACCUUCCAACAGUUACACAACUCAUCUCCACACAAUUAUUGCAUUACACAAGUGAAGCUAACCAUACACAACAGUUAUUACACAGUUCAACACAUUACAACACCCAUUAUACAAGUCUUUCUUUCUUUCUUUCUUUCUUUCUUUCUUUCUUUCUUUCUUUCUUUCUUUCUUUCAGAAAUCAGUGACAUCAUGUCUAAGGAGUAUGUUGGGCCAAAUGGGAGGAGUCAGAGUCAUGGGAGCCUGUCUGAACUUGAGAGAGAAGACUCUGUACUGUUUGAUAAAAGACACAACUCCCACCAUAAAAACGACUCAGCGUUUCACAUUUAAGGAGAGAGGGAGAACCUCCUCUGAUUAAAGGAUGGAUUCCGUUUGUGGGGAAAACACUGGAAUUCAGGAAAGAUUCCCAUCAGUUCCUCACUAAACUGCAGCAACAAUAUGGAGAUGUUUUCACUGUGCUUAUAGCAGGUAAAUAUAUGACCUUUGUGAUGGAUCCUCUGCUCUACCCAUCUGUCAUUAAGCGUGGAAGGCAGCUGGAUUUCCACGAUUUCUCUGACCAGGCUGCAUCUGUGACAUUCGGCUACCCGGCCGUGCGAGGCGGCAGAUUCCCGGGUCUGAGUGAGCAGAUACAGAAGUUAUUCCGCCUGCUGCAGGGAGACAGUCUGGAUGUCCUCACGUUCCGCAUGAUGGGAAAUCUCCAGGUGGUGCUACGGCGAAGCCUGUCAAUCCCAGAAGGGGCGUUUCCUAAAGAUGAUUGGCAGGUUGAGGAUCUUUAUGAGCCUAAAGAUGAUUGGCAGGCUAAAGAUGAUUGGCAGGCUGAAGAUGAUUGGCAGGCUAAAGAUGAUUGGCAGGCUGAAGAUCUUUAUGAGUUCUGUUACCGGGUGAUGUUUGAGGCGACGUUCCUCAGUAUAUACGGCCGCCCCGAACAGGGAGCCGCGCAUCCUGGAAUGAACACGCUGCAGGAAAACUUCCGAAAGUUUGACUCCGUGUUUCCGCUGCUGAUCGCUCGUGUGCCCAUUGCUUUGUUGGGACAAACCAAAGGAAUCAGACAAAAGCUCCUCAGUUUUUUCCACCCCUGCAGAAUUGGCAAGUGGAUUGAUCCGUGUGAGUUUGUUCAGAGACGUGUGCAUCUGUUUGACCAGUAUGAUACACUGGGAGAUCUGGAUAAAGCAGCUCAUCAUUUUGCCAUUCUCUGGGCGUCAGUAGGGAAUACUAUUCCGGCUGCAUUCUGGUCUUUGUAUCACCUGCUUACACACCCAGAAGCCCUUGCAGCUGUGCGGCAGGAAAUUAUGGGUGUGGUCAGUCAGGAGGAGGCGGAGUCUAUCUGCACUCGUGACAUAACACUCACUCGAGAGCAGCUAGACAGGCUGAUUUACCUGGAGAGUGCACUGAAUGAGAGUUUGCGUUUAUCAUCAGCGUCGAUGAACAUCCGCGUGGUUCAGGAGGACUUCACCCUCAGCCUGGAUGCCCAGCGGGCUGUAAACCUGAGGAAGGGCGACUUCAUCGUGCUUCACCCGCAGAGCAUGCACAUGGAUCCUGAUAUUUAUCCCCAGCCUCGGAUGUAUCGGUUUGAUCGCUUUGUGGAGGCAGGCAGGGAGAAGACAGACUUCUAUAAGCACAGCCAGAAGCUUCAUUACUACCGCAUGCCCUUCGGCUCAGGAUCCACACAGUGUCCUGGACGUUUCUUUGCCGUGAAUGAGCUGAAGCAGUUUAUUUGUGUGGUGCUGUUAAUGUUCCAGCUAGAGCUGCCCGCUGGGCAGGAGGAUGCCAGGCUUGAUACCAGCCGAGCAGGACUGGGUAUCUUACCGCCUGCUAACCACAUUACUUUACGCUACAGACCCAACUCACUACAGCAACCAAACACAUCAUAAUAAUAAUAAUACAAGUUUAUUUAGAGCCCAACAUCACUAUAUAGUCUCAAAGGGCUUUACAU